CAGUCAUCGGACGACGGAUCGCCGUCACUGACGUAUUCCCCGUCUCCUCCCCAAAUAUUAUGACCACCAAUCCAUCGGCACUCUCAAAUCACCCAAAAAUCGCGAUUAUCUCUUCGCGUCAUGAUUUCGCGGAGUGACAGGCGCCAGUGACAAGUGCCGCGAUGUGCCAAUAAAAAAUAUUGAUAGAAAUUUCCAUUGAUUUUUUAUUUUACUUAGACUCAUUUCGCGAAUAUCCACUUAUUCCAACCGCUUCCAGUUAUUAAAUAUGUCAAUGAAGAAGGAAUCCCCGUGGGACGUGGAGUUGCACCUGUCAGCGGCACGUGGCGAUUCUAAACGUCUGCAGGUACUCCUGGAAUCCGGACGGGUUCACGUCGACUGUAAAGACAAGGAUGGCACGACCCCGCUCAUAUUGGCGGCGGCUGGGGGCCAUGUUGAGGCUGUGACCGAACUAUUGCAACAAGGGGCGGAUCCCAAUGCCAAAAGGCUGACUUCCACGACUGCUCUAUUUUUUGCAGCCCAGGGAGGCUUUCUCGAUGUUGUUAAUUUAUUAAUUGAUCACGGAGCUACAGUCGACUCAUGCAGCAUUGACGGGGGGACUCCCCUCUUUGUGGCAUGUCAAUGCGGUCAUCUAGAUGUGGUGGUGAGCAUGAUCGAGAGGGGGGCAAAUGCUAAUGCGCAUAUGAAGGAUGGAGCAACUGCGUUAUUUAUAGCAGCUCAGAAUGGUCAUGUGAGGAUUCUGGAGGUUUUGCUGGAGCAAGGGGCAAAGACCGAUGCUGCGAGGACAGAUGGAGCAACUCCAUUGUGGAUUGCAGCACAAAUGGGACAUGAUCAUGCUGUCAGGAGAUUGCUCAAGGCUGGGGCCAAGGUCGACACAACCAGACACGAUGGAGCGACUCCGUUGUUCAAGGCAGCUCAUAAGGGGCAUACGGCUGUCAUCGGGGAACUGCUCAAGUACCGGCCCUCCCUCGGGAUUCUUCCGAAUGGAGAGAGUGCAUUGCAUGCCGCAGCCCUGACAGGACAUAUGACUGUGGCCCGACAAUUGGUCGGAGCUGGUGCCGAUCCUCUUCUCACCAAUCAAGAGGGACUUACGCCCCUUCAGCUCGCCCUCAGGCACUCCCAGGUUCAGGUCGCCAAUUACCUGAAGGACAGGGUCGGAACCAGAACGGCGUCUCGCUGAUGCGCGUCUCAAAAAAAUCCACAAUUUCAAAAUCUUGAAACAAUCGAUCGAUUAAAAAAAACAGAAAAAUCGGCAGAAAAAUCGUGAAAUUUUCCCAGAAUUAAAAAAAAACAUUACAAUGCAUACCCAUUGGAUUUUUGCAGAUAUUUGAUCACCGUGUUUUGGUAAAUAAUUUUGUUGAUGGAAUUUACCGAUUUUUUUGCCGAUUUUCAUCUGAAUUUUGAGGGAAAAAGUGGAAAUUCAUUCCUUUGAAUGGGAGAACGAGUUUUUCGAGUCAGUGAUGACUUGAUAAUAAUGAUCUGAUCAUUAUCCCUUGUGAGACCGAGAUAGAGGAUAAACUGUAAAUACCGAGGACAUUAUGACAUUAAAAGAGAUAUUUAUUGUGGAAAAAAUGUCAUUCCCUGAGGCCGUCCACUAGCUUCAGAACGACUUCAUCAUUGUUUUUAAUAUUUUGUAAAGACUGUAAAUGCCUUUGAUCAAUCAUCUUGAAGUGUUCAUGGAAUAUUAAGAAUAUUUGAUAAGUUGUGAAAGGAUUUGAGAAGUGAUGAAUUAAAUGAAUUAAUUGCCGCGAAGGUAAAGAUUUUAUCAAUUUUUCGAUUUCAGAUAGAAAUUGUCGUUAAAAAAAUAUAGUAAAUAUGGAGGAACAAUAUAAACUGAUUAAACCAUAAGCUUUCGCCACUUCUCAAAUUCCUCACGACAAAUCAUUAAAUUUCAUUCCUCAUUACCGCAUCCAAUCGAAUUUAACGAUAAACCACUAUUUUUCCAGUCUUCCUACUAACUUAUUAUAAACAAAUGCAUAAUCCUUGUUAAUUGUUACGAAGUUAUGAAAAAACCGCGAAACAUUCGCUGAAUAAAUGGCAUAAACCAGAAAAA